GCACCUUCGAGUAACAGUUGCGAAUUUUCUCGCAAAUUAAAGUAUAAAACCAAUGAAAGUUACUUUGUAGAUUGAAAUAUUAAAAAAAAAAAAAAAAAAAAAAAAAAAGUGCCAAGCCUCAAUGGUCUAUUGUCUACAAAAUUACAUGCCAGAUUCAAUAUUUGCUCCUACAUCUGUGCUUUCUCUAAAGAUGCAACAAAUCCUCCUCCAUUUUUGGCUAAUGCCAUGCACCUUCCUCUAAACAGUUAACUUUUUUCCUUUCAUUUUUUUUUUUCCUUCUUUCCCAGUCAUAGAAAAAACUUUAAUUCUUGUUGUUGUCAUUAGAAAUCUAUGAUUCUGAUAAUCCUUUUUGUCUUGUUCACAAUGAUCGAUUAGUCCCAAUUCUGGUUUUGUAAGAGAGGCAAAGCAAUGUGUAUCUGAGCAUCUUGACAGUUGAUGAACUUUCAGAGAAGAAGGGAGGAAGAAAGAUGUUGCAGAGAGCAGCCAAAAAUGCAUAUUCCUGGUGGUGGGCUAGCCACAUUAGAACAAAACAGUCAAAAUGGCUGGACCAAAACAUACGAGAUAUGGAGGAGAAGGUAGAUUACAUACUGAAGAUCAUAGAUGGAGAUGGAGACUCGUUUGCGAGGAGGGCAGAAAUGUACUACAGGAAAAGGCUAGAACUCUUGAACUUUGUUGAAGAUACAUUCAGGAACUACAGAGCUCUAGCAGAGAGAUAUGAUCACUUGUCAAGAGAUCUGCAGACUGCUAAUCGAACGAUUGCAAGUGUGUUCCCAGAAAAAGUUCAGAUAUCGAUGUUUGAUGAGGAUGGAGAAGGCUUUCUGACAGGAGGUUCGGCUGCUCCUCCCGAGCAGUGGAGCAAUGAUAUGCCAGCGGCUCCAAACUUAACCAUCCCGAAAAUCGUGUCAAUGAUGAAAAAGAAGAGUGAUAAGCCUUCAAAAGUGAUGACUAAGAAGGGAUUGCUCAAGUUCAGUGCAGAUGAUGAUGCUAAUUUCAAUGCCAAUGCCACUGCAGGCUCAGGGCUGAACAAAGAUGAAGCUCUUCUGGAGAUUGAUAAUCUCCAGAAGCAGAUUUUGGCAGUUCAGACUGAGAGGGAGUUUGUGAAGAGUUCAUAUGAACACCAGAUAGGCAAGUACUGGGAAUUCGAAAACCAGGUUUCAGAAAUGCAGGCUAAAGUUAAUAGGUUACAAGACGAGUUUGGGAUUGGCACGAAUAUUGAAGACGAAGAAGCUAGAAGUCUGAUGACCUGCACAGCACUGAAGUCAUGCCGGGAGACAUUGGAGCGGUUACAACAACAACAGGAGCAAUCAAAUGAGGCUGCCAAGACUGAGAGCCAAAAGCUUCAUAAUGCUAAGCUAAAAUUCGAGUCUAUCGUGAAGGCACUCACUGCCAACCAGACCAUCAGACAUAAAGUAUCUGUGGAUCUGAACGAGGAAUCGAAGAAAUUGGAGCAAAAACUGGAGAGUUCUCAUUUGGAGUCUUCAAAGAUUAAAGAGGACUCAGAAUUCUGUACAAGCACUUCUUUUACUGUGUCUGAACUGGCAGAAAAGGUUGAUGAUGCUGUGGAAAAGGUCAUAGGUUUGGAGAUUUCAGCGUCGUCUCAGAACGCUUACCUUAACAGAUUGAAGACGGAAGCAGAUGAGCUUCUUGUACAGCUAAAUCAGGUGGAAGAGGAAAAGGAGGCUCUGGUUAAAGAUUCAGAGGACGCGAGUAAGAAGAUAAGAGAGCUCGAGGAAAAGCUUAAGAGAGUUAUGAAACUUGAACAAACCAUUAAUGACCAGAGCAGCCAUUUGCAGACUCAUUUUUCUGAUGCAAAUUCCACACUUGAUGGCCUCUCUGUGAAACUCAAAACCGUGCAACCAGAUGAGGAGGUCGACGAUAGUUCUUAUUCCAGUUGUUCAGACGUUGAUUCACAGAGCGAGUUUCAGGUGCAUGGAAACGACGAGGUUGAGAAACAAUGUGGUCCCUAUCCCAUUUCUCCCAAAAUGGCAGACCAAAACAUUGAACUUUCUGAUAAAAGAGACACUGAUGCAUAUGAUAGUACUUUCAGAUCUCCAGAUGUAAAUUUAUCUGAUCUAUCGACAAAGGAUCCACCUAGCACCAUCAAUGACAACAAAAAUGAUUUCAAUAGUCCUCCAAAAGGGCCUAAAUCAGACGCACAUGUGAAUUUUGCUGAUACCACCAUUUCUGCAGUUUUAGGAGGUGCAGAAACAGGAAUGAAGCAACAGCGAGAUGAUUUUCCAGAUCAAGGCACUUCUCUGGCUAAAAGAGAACAUGCUGAUAGCAUUUCAGACAUCCUGGGAGAUGAAGUAACUGAAGAGAAGUUGAAAAAGGGUAGUUAUCCAGAUCAAGAUACUGCCACCGCUAAAAGAGAACAUACCGAUAGCAUUUCAGGCAUCGGGGGAGAUGAAGUGCCUCGAGAGAAGUUUAAAAAGGGUGGCGGUCAUCCGGAUCAAGGUAGUGGCGGUCAUCUGGAUCAAGAAAAUCUUCAGGAUCCAAGAACACGAAAAGAGGGCGAAGAAACUGAUACAGAAUAUGAUCAGCCGAAUUGGAGAGAGUUGUUUUUAAAUGGUUUAGAUGAGAGGGAGAAGGUCCUAUUAGAGGAGUACAUAACAGCCCUCAGAAAUUACAAAGAAGCGAAGAUGAAACACAAUGAAGCAGAAAAGAAAAGGAGGGCUAGUCACUUCCAGUAUGUGAUUCAGAUAAAAGUCCUGAAGAGUUCUAUUGCCUCAAAGGAUGCAGAGAUUCAAUCUUUAAAGAAGAAGCUCAAUUCAGCUCAAGAAAACCAUGUUGAAACUCGGAAAUCCAAUGAAAAUAUUACUAAAUCCAGUUCACUGCCCACGGCUGAGAAGAAGUCGCUGGAUGAAUAUAUGAAAAGUCUAUUGCAAUUAAUCGAUGUGCCAACCAGUAAAGAUGCUCCUGUAAGAGAAGAAGCAAAACAUUCAGAAGAGACAUCUAUAUCCAACACAAAAGGUGAUGAUGAUGAAGUAGAUGUCAAGAUUGCCAAUCUCGACGAACCUCAGACCUUUUCAACAAUUGAUAAAGUAGAUGUCAAGAUUGCCAAUCUCGACGAACCUCGGACCUUUUCAACAAUUGAUGAAGUAGAUGUCAAGAUUGCCAAUCUCGACAAACCUCAGACCUUUUCAACAAUUGAUGAAGUAGAUGUCAAGAUUACCAAUCUCGACGAACCUCAGACCUUUUCAACAAUUGAUGCAGUAGAUGUCAAGAUUGCCAAUCUCGACGAACCUCAGACCUUUUCAACAAUUGAAGAGAAGAUACGCAUGGAUAUUGAUGACCUGCUGGAAGAAAACAUAGAAUUUUGGCUCAGGUUUAGCACUUCUUUGCAUCAAGUGAAAAAGUUUCAGACAUCUGUGGAGGAUUUGCAAGCUGAACUGCAAAAAGUGAGGGAGAAAAACAAGCAAGAGGGCAGCAGUAAACCUCCAUCGCUACUCUCAGACAUACGCCCUAUAUACAAGCACAUGAAAGAAAUAAAGACCGAGUUAUUUCUAUGGCUGGAACAUUCCUCGGUGUUGAAAGAAGACUUAAAGCACAGGCUGUCAUCACUUACCAACAUCCAGGACGAGGUAACAAAGUUGUCAUUGGCAGGGACAAAUAAGGAAGAAAUCCAGCUGACCACCUAUCAAGCUACCAAAUUCCAAGGUGAGAUUCUAAACAUGAAACAUGAGAACAACAAGGUUGCAAAUGAGUUGAAAUCAGGAAGUGAAUGUGUAGAGAAACUUCAAGCUGAUGUAAAGACGACACUAUCCAAACUGGAAAAAGAACUCGGGAUCAAGAGCGAAAGAGGCUCCAAUUCUAAGAUCCCCGUGACAUCUUUCUUGUUUGGAAUGAAGUUGAAGAAGCAAAUGCCUACAAACAUAUUGUCUCGUGUAAGUCCUGCAAUAAUGCAGAAACCAACAAAAUAGUUCUUUAUCAUUCUUAUUACUAUUUUCCCUUGUAGUUCUACCAGUACAGACUACUAGUCCAUUGACUCCAUUCUAUGCAGUGUAAAAGUUAUCCGAACACAAAAGGGUUCUCUCUUGCUUAAGUAUGAAUUCUCAGACUUAGCUUUUGAUUUUACUUUCAGCAUCUGAAAUUCAUAAACAUCUAAAGUUCAUGCUUA